AGAUGUCAAACUCAGAAGGGAAACAGAGAUAAGCUGGCCUGGAAAGGACAAUGGCUGGUAAGUUAAUUUACAUGUUCAGAGUGUGCUGUUUCAACUGGCUUUGUAUACACCUGAUUGAAAAGACAUCGUCUCUUGAAAAAUAUAAACCAUGAACGAUGGCGCCUACUAGAUUUAUGGGUAGAAUUUUAUUAGCGUUGCAAAUUUAAAGUUCUUUCCAGAAGAGGUUUCCUUGUCAAAGUUUUUGGGGAAGGGAUGUUUGCAUCUUCUUCUGUACAGGGCACAUCAGAGAUCUCUAUAGUUAAAGUGCUAACGCACUCUUGAAAAUCAUAAUAUAGGAGCCAGAAGCAUUUUUGGAAGACAUAAAUAGACCAUGGCAGCUGAAACAAGGUAAUCUAGGAAUUUGCAUCUGCACGAGCAGCUUGUGACGAGGUAAACUUUUUUUAAAGAACUUUGAAUUUGCCUUGCUACUGAACGUAUACCAUAAAUCCUUGAAGCCUCAUCAUUCAUGGUUUAUACUUUUUAAGCAACAAUGUUUUUUCAGUACUCAGGUAUACGGUCAACUGUAAAUUCAUAUUCUGAGUUAGAUGAGAUAUUGGUUGGGUUUUCACCUAUCUUGACUGCACUACUUAAAUGCCAAAUCCCCACCAUUACUGUGAUGUCAUAGACACUAUGACCCAUUCAAAAGGAUUAGAUGCUUACCAUACAGAUGUUAUUGUGUUUGUUAUGGUAGGAUAUCUGAGACAUUUCAUUCGGGAUUGAAAAUAAUGCCAAUAGUUGAAUCAAAAUUGAUUCUACUCCCAUAAAAUAAAAAUGAUGUAACGUUACUAUUAAAUUUCAGUGUAGCACACAUUCUUGUGGUGAUAAAGGACAAAUAAUGCUGAAAAUUUAUUUCAUCAAUCAAACCAUUCAUCUCCAUAUUGUUUCCAUUCAACUGUUGAGGAUAAAAUGUGAUAGUGAAGUAAAAUUAAUAUUCCCUUAGCUCCUUCCCUUAAACUUCCAAAUCAAUGACCACAUAUAUGUAAAAGAAAACAACAAAACAUGAGAGUCCCUCCUUUCAGAUUUUAUUUCAAGGGAGUAAUACAGGUAACAACAUCUAAUAUGUUGCAUUGUUUUUACCCAUUUAGCUGUCAUGUUAUGUGGUGAAUUUUUCUGGUCAACAAGAGGAGGAGAUGUCUACUUAUAUAAUGGGGUGAGUCUAUUCUCUAUUUACUAAGGUCCAGCUGUUGGUGAUAAGUUAGGACUACUGAGGUUUUCCCUUGCUUGUGGAUAGAUUUUCCAUAACUGAAGUGAUAACUUCAACAAUUAAAAUGACUACAACGAAUUGAAACUAGGGAAUGACCACCCGUACACUUGAAAGUGUACUAAAAGAGACAGUCACAUCAACCACGAUAGAUGCCAGAAUUUGUUUGGACAACAUGCAAAACAACCAUCCGCCAAAAAGACCUACUUUGUAUAGAGUUUCCCUUACUUUCAGUUCAACAAUCACACAAGCAAAUAAACAAAACACCAAAAUUGACCAUCCAUGCAUUGUAGUAUAUCCAGAAAAAGGUUCUGUCAUUACAAGAUAAGGUAAUAGAAUAUUAUUAAUCAUGAAGAUCAGAUCAUAUGUUAGGAGUAUCAAUAAAUCCAUAAGUACAACUGGUCCUCCAGUUUAGGGGUUGGGCAUGGGCCCAAUAACUGCACCCUGGAAAACAACAACAUGUUACUGAAACUGGAACAGCACUUCACCCAUAGAAACCGUGGGUCCAAUAUGAAAUUCAAACCAAACCAGAGGCACCAAAAACAUUUGAAAAAUAUUAUGCAACUUACAAAAUAUAUAUAACAUCCCAUACAUCCCAUUAUUGUUAUUAUUAUUAUUAUUAUUUUUAUUAUUACAUGUCAUUUAAAUUGCUGAAUAAGACGUACUAAGUCUUAGCAUAGUGUAUUACUCCUCUAGUAAAAACUGUAUGCCAGAAACUAUAAGCUUCUUUUCUAAUUAUGGUGCUGAAUUUUGUUCAUCAGAUGUGAAGCUCAGAAGGGACGCAGAGAUAAAUUGGAAAGGACAAUGGUAAGCUAAUUCAUGUUCUCAGAGUGUGUUGUUUCAUGUGGCUAAGUUUAUAUUCAAGGUUGAGGAAAAUUCAUGAUUCAUAGUAAAAGUGAGAUAUUGGUUGGGGUUUCAUCUAUCUUGACUCUACUACUUGAAUGCCAAAUCCAACCAUUACAUGUCAUAGCAAGCACGUUCAAAAGUAUUGGAUGCUGACCAUAAUUAUAGAUGUUAUGGUGUGUGUAAUGAAAAAAUUUUUACACAUUUCAAUCAGGAUUGAAAUUGUUCCUAAAUUUGACUUCCAAAUCAAUGUCCACAGACACAUAGAAGCAAGAAAAAAAUCAGCCAUUUGGCUCACUUUUUUCAGUUUAUUUUCAGGGAUUAAUACAGAUAACAACAACUAAUACACUGCAUUGUUUUUUACUCACCCCAAUUAGCUGUCAUGUAAUAUGGUGAGGAGGAGGAGCAAGAGCUGAUGUCUUCUUAUAAAAUGGGGUGAGUCUAUUCUUUAUUUACUAAGGUCCAGCUUUGUGGUGAUAAGUUAGGGCUAUUGAGGUCAAUUUUUCCUUGCUUGUGGGUGGAUUUUCCAUCACUGAACUGAUAGAUUCAACAAAACAACUACAACAAAUUGAAAUGAAGGAGUGACCACCUAGAUACAUUGUAAAGUGUACUAAAAUACACAAUCACAUCAACCAAAAAACAAUAAAAUAAGUCAAAAGAUGUAGAAACAUGCCAGUAGAUUUCAGGACAACAUGCAGAACAACCAAACAAACCAACUGUAUAUACUGUGUCCCUUGCUGGUAGUUUUAAAAUCACACAAUCAAAUAAAAAGAGGAUACAACAAAACACAAAACUGACAAUCCAAGAAGAAGUUUCUGUCAUAACAAUGUAAAGUAAUACAAUUAAUCAUAAAGAUCAGAUCAAACGUUAGGAUUAUCAAUAAAUCCAUAAGUACAACUGGUCCUCCAGUUUAGGGGUUGGGUGUCGGGCCCACAACUGCACCCUGGAAAACAACAUGUUACUGAAACUGCAGCAACAUUACCCACAGAAACCCUGGGUCCAAUAUGAAAUUCAAACCAAACUAGGGGCACCAAAAAACAUUAAAUGUUCAAAUUUUGAAAAAAUAUUAUGCGCCUUGCAAAAUACAUGUAUCAUCCCAUAGUUCCCUCUAUUAUUUUAUUAUUAUUAUUAUUAUUACUAUUAUUACAUGUCAUUUAAAUUACUGAAUAAGAUGUACUUGGCACAGUGUAUUAUUCCUCCAGUAAAAACCGUGUGCAACAAACAAUAAGCUCCUUUUCUAAUUAUGGUGCUGAAUUUUGUUCAUCAGAUGUGAAGCUUUAAGAAGGGACACAGAGAUGAAUUGGAAAGGACAAUGGUAAGUUAAUUCAUGUUCUCAGGGUGUGUUGUUUCAUGUGGCUUGGUUUAUAUUCAAGUUUGAGGAAAAUUCAUGAUUCAUAGUGAAAGUGAGAUAUUGGUUGGGGUUUCACCUAUCUUGAAUCCAAAUCUACUACUUGAAUGCCAAAUCCUACUACUUGAAUGCCAAAAUCUAAUACUUGAAAUUGAAUGCCAAAAAUCAAAAUUGGCGAAAUUGAAUGGUAAAAUCUACUACUUGAAAUUCUACCACAUUGAAUGCCAAAUCUACUACUUGAAUGCCAACUCCAACCAUUACAUGUCAUAGCAAGCACAUUCAAAAGUACUGGAUGCUGACCAUAAUUAUAGAUGUUAUGGUGUGUGUAAUGGAAACAACUGUAGACAUUUCAAUCAGGAUUGAAAUCGUUCAUAUAUUUGACUUCCAAAUCAAUGUCCACAAACAUGUAGACGAAAAAAUUCGGCCAUUUGGGGUCACCUUUUUUAAGGAAGUAAUGCAGAUAACAACAUCUAAUACAUUACAUUGUUUUUUACUCACCCUAAUUAGUUGUCAUGUAAUAUGGUGAAAUUGUUUGGUCAACAAGAGGAGCUGAUGUCUGCUUACAAAAUGGGGUGAGUCUUUUGUUUAUUUACUAAGGUCCAGCUAUGUGGUUCUAAGAUAGGACUACUGUAGUCAAUUUUCCCUUGAUUGUGGAUAGAAGUGAUAAAUUCAACAAAACAACUACAACAAAUUGAAAUGAGGGAAUGACCACCUAGAUACAUUUGAAAGUGUACUAAAAUACACAAUCACAUCAACCAAAAAACAAUAAAAUAAGUCACCAGAUGUAGAAACAUGCCAGUACAUUUCAGGACAACAUGCAUAACAACCAUUCACCAAACAAACCAACUGAAAACAGUGUAUACUGUGUCCCUUGCUUGUAGUUUUACAAUCACACAAACAAAUAAUCAGAGGAUACAACAAAACACCGAAAUUGACCAUCCAAGAAGAAGUUUCUGUCACUACAACAUAAAGUAAUACAACUAAUCAUAAAGAUCAGAUCAAACGUUAGGAUGAUCGAUACAUCCAUAAGGUGCAGGGCUAACACCCACCCAAAAAAUGACAAGAUGUAACUGAAACUGCAACAAGAGUAUCAACAAAAACCCUGGGUCCAACAGGAAACUGUAGCCAAACCAGUAGCACCUGAUGACAAUAUUGGAGAUAAACGCCUGUGUCCAGAGGUCCAGAAUUUGAAUCAGAGCUUUCUGGGACCAAAAACUACCAUCCACAUUGAAGCUCCAUGUUCGAAAAAUUCCCAAAACAGUGCAGGGCAUCGAGGAAUGCAGAACUACAACUUGGACAUCCUCUGUGUGAGCAAAUGUCGGUGGACUGGGUCUGGACGUAAGGUGUCGUGCAGUGGCUCAGGUAACGUUUUCUGAGGAAAAGGCAUUCAAGGAUUUGCCUCGAGAUUUUGCAAUUUUACCUUUUGCGGUGUUUAUGUGCUCCUAGCUGUGGGGUAGAGGAAGAGGACAAUGAUGGCUUUUAUGAGCAACUGCAACUGCAGUCUCCAACGUCCCACAGCGUGACAUGA